AUGGCGGCCGGCGCGAGGGACUUGGCCGUGUUCCAGCCAGGGCGCUUUGAAGCGCUGUAUGGUGUGAUUCAGGGAGUGGCGGAGGCCGCGCCGAGAGGCGCGGUCGGCGCCACCGACUGGUACAUCCAUCUCGAGCGCAACCGCGCGGCGCUUGGGUCGCUCGGCGCCGUGCGCCCGAAAAGCGACGCGGAGCGCCGCGAGAUCUCCCAAGGCAAGAUUGUCCUCGACGGGCAUGCGCAGACGCUGAAUGCGGACUAUGUCGCACAGACGCUGCUGCUCUCAGACGCGCUCGGCGUGUCAGAGGUGUACGCCGCCUCGCUCCUCCAGGAAGGCAUCGCGGCGAGCGCGCGCUGGGCGCGCACCCCGACCGAGGUCGCGGUGCUCCUCUACUACCGCGAGAAGCUCGCGGUGCUUGCGUGCCUCAAGGAGCUCGCGCAGUGUGCGUACACGCUGUGCUUGAGCAGCGACGCAGACGUGCUGCGCCAAGGCAUCCGCAUGGGACGCUUUGUCGACAGCCUCCUCGGCGAGCACGCGACGCUCGUCGCGACGCUCCUGGACGAGGUCCAAGCGAUGGAAAAGGAGCGCGCCAGUGUGCAGAGCGCACUGCAGAGCGCGGCCGGCCCGACGCGUCUCGGCGACGAAAUCCAGCUCGAGCGCCUCGCGUGGCUUACGCAGGCCGAGCAGGAGCUCGGCCACAUUCUCUACCUGCUCGCGCUCGCGCGCCGCAUCGCACCCAGCGGCCUGCAGCGCAUCCUCGACGCGGCGGAAAAGACGGAGCUCGCCAAGGCGAGCAGCGCCAUGCCCCUCUACCUCCUGACGGCGCUCCUCGCGACGCUCGAUACCACGCCCGACAAUGCCGCGGAAUGGCUCGCGCGGCACGCCGCCGCGCCGCUGUACACCACCGAGGCGCUGUGGGGCGACGUGUCUUUCCUCAAGAACGUGCACGGCCGCCUGACCAAGACGUGGCCGUGCGAGGGACUCCGGCGCGUCCUCCUCCUCCAGUGGUCGCUCUUUUUGCUGGAGGCCAUGCAGCAGUCGUCGGCGAUCGCGACACAGCUCGGCGUGUCGCUCGACGACGUCCACGCACUCGCGCACGAGGCACUUGCGCCGCACGACGAGCACACUGCGCUGCUCUUUCUCCUCCUACGCGUCCUCCUGUUUAAGCACGCGCCGGGCGACGCGCUCGACGAGGACGCGGCGAGCGCACGCGCGCUGCGCGCCGUCGACGCCGAGUUCCAGGAGCAUGUCCUGCAGCAGGUCGAGCACCUCUUGCUCAACACCACCAGCACCCUCCUGCCGCUCCUGCGCAAGCUGCAGCGCGCCGAGGAGGACGCGGCGUUUGCCGCGAUGCGCGGCGCACGCCCCGGCGCGCCGCCGCCCCACCGCCGCUACGACAUCGAGGCGCUGUUUGAUCUGAUCGCGCUCCUCUGCGCCGACCGCCCGGAGAGCGGCCUGCCCUUCUGGCUCGGCGCGGACCGACGCCUGUCGCGCUUUCUGCACUGGGCGCUCGACCUGCGCGAGCCGGGGCAGCAGCGCGCGUUGCUCGACAUGCUCGCUGCGUUGGCGACCGGCGAGCAGUGCGCCGGCCACUGCAACGCGUUCCUCGAGGACGCGGCCGGCGGCGAGCGGCGCCUCGCGACGUGGGCGCGCCUCUUUGACUGGAUCGCGCACUAUGUCGAGCUCUUUCGCACGCGCGGCGGCUCGAUGCCGCCGGAAGAGAUGGUGCUCCUGCGCGCCUUUUUGCGCGUCCUCGCGACGGUGGUGCGCUACAGCGCGGCGGCGCGCGACUCGCUGUACCUCAACAGCGCCUAUGCGCCGCUCGCGCGCCUCUUUGGGCUGUACGCGUGCCCGGUGCCGGUGGACCUCAAGGCGGGCAUCCUCGAGGCGCUCGGCGCGUUUGCCGUACAGCACCACCACGCGAGCUCGAGCAAGAUCCUCGCCGAGCUCUGGGACCGUCUGCAGCAGAGCGGCGUGGUCAAGGCGCAAAAAGACGGCGCGGCCCCGGCCGUGUACGAGCUCGAGAGCGUCGAGGCGGCGCACUUUCGCUACCCCGGCUCGACCGAGCUCGUGCGCUUCCUCACUGCGAUUUUGCCCGCCUCGACGAGCGCAGGGCGCGCCGCGGCGCUCGUCAGCGCCGCGGGCCACGCGUCCGCGGUCGGCCUCCCCGCCCCGCCGCCGCUCGUGCACAGCAGCGCGCCGUACGUGGCGUACGUCGUGGACGAGGUCUUUUUGAAGGCGUCGUCGCGCAUGUACGCGACGCCGGCCGAGCGCUGGGAGGUGUCCGCGGCGUGCCUCGACUUUAUGGAGCACUGCCUCGCGCAGUUCCCGCUCGCGGCGCUCCUCGAGGAACACGUCGACCACGCGGCGCUCACCGCGCUCGUGCGCCACCCCGGCUUUGCGCUCGUGCAGCGCAUCCUGAGCGGCACGCCGCUCCUGCGCGAGCUCUUCUUCUUCCUUGCGCCGGAUGCAAAUAGCGCGGGCUUCGAGGCGGUGAACGGCGACCGGGCGCAGUCGCCCGCGUUUGCGCACGCCGUCGAGCAGACGCUGCGCAUUGUGCUGCACAUUUUCCGCGUGCAGCACGUCUUUUUGCACCUGCUCCUCCCCGCGCUCGGCGACGCGGGCGGCGCGCUCGCAACGGCCGCCGGCACGAGCACCGCGUACAUUCCCCUCGACGUGCACCUCUUGCACAGCCACCAUGUGGUGGUGCAGAUUGCGCUCUACGCCAACUGCACGCACGAGACGAUCGCGUACCUCGGCGUGCGUGCGCUCGCGGCGCUCGCGCGCAGCGCCACCUUCCAAGCCACCGACCAGUUUGGCACGCUCCGCCAGCGCCACGCGCUCAACCGCCUCGUGGGCAUCGUCGAAAUGACCGGCGAGACGGAGCGCGUGCGUGGCGGCCUCCUCGCGUGGCUCGAGAGCGCCGCGCCGGACGUCGACGUGGACGCGGACGCGCUCACCGUGCCGGACGGUGAGUGCGUCGGCCACAUCCAGCACGCGAUCCUCGACUUGCUACUCGAGAAUACCGGCAGCAGCGCCGCGGCGCCGAAUCUUGCGCACCUGCUCCUCGGGUUCGACGGCGAGGACCUCGGGCCGCAGAGCGCACUCCUGCGCACGCUCCUCGCGCUUGUCGACAGCGACGGACUCGCGGAGCGCGUGCCGAUGCUCGCCGAGCGCGUCUACGCGGUGCUCGAGCAGCUGUGUGUCGCGCCCUACUCGAGUGGCGCGACGCUGCGCUUCCUGCGCGCGCACGACUUUUUCGCGGCGCACCUCGCGCGCCUCGCGCUGCGCCCGUCGCCGAUCGGGGGGCAGGUGCGCGGCGCGCUAGUGCUGACCAGCGGCGAGGCGGUGCAGGCGAGCGCAGGCAGCGUCCUCGCGUGGAUGCGCACCGACGCGCACGUCCUGCGCCUCGCCGCGCUCGAAGUACACGCGCUCGCGCUCAACGGCCAGGCGAGCCGCGCGGCGCCGCUCGUGCGCGCGCUCCUCGGCGUCGACGCCGACGCGGAGCUCGUCCAGGUGCUUGGCGUGGUGCGUGCGCUGUGGACCGACGACCGCGAGGCGCUCGCGGACGCCAUCACACUCACGACGCCGGCCGCGCUCGUCGCGGCGCAGCCCGAGGACGCGGCGAGCGGCGCGCGCGUCUACGACCUGUCGGCCGUUGCGCAGCUCCUCCUGGCCGAGAGCGGCCCGAAGCGCAGCGCCGAGGAGCACGGCCAGUGGCUCGACCAGGCCAAGCUCGUGCUGCAGUGGGCCGCCGCGCAAAACACGCGCCGCUCGGUCGGCUACGCGCGCCGCGGCGUGCUCGAGGCGUGGCGCGAGGCGCUCGGCAUUGUCCUCGCCCAGGGCCUUGCGCUCCUCCCCGAGACGCGUGCGCCGCUGCUGGUCGACGUGCUGCAUGCCUCGCUCCCGCUCCUCGGCACGGACGGCGAGGAGGAUGCGCGCCUCGCCGAGAUCAGUGCGAGCGGUGUCCUUGCCCUGCUCCGUGCGCUCGAGACGCACGGCGACGCGCCACGCAUGGUCGGCGCCGCGCCUGACCGGGUGCUGAGCAUCCUGCGCGCGCUCCUCGACGCCGUGCUGCGCCCCGGGACGAGCGCCGCGGCGCGCAUGGACCUGUACCUCGCGCUCGUCUGCUUUACGCAGAUGGUCGGCGACGGCGAGUCGGCGCUUGCCCAACGCACGCACGGCCUGCUCGCCGCGCACGCCGAGCGCCUGCUCGACGUGCUUGCGCGCGACGCGCUCGACGGCGCCGAGGUCGGCCAGACGGUCGCCCUGACCACGCUCGCGCACCUCGUGCGGUACGAGCCGAAUGCGAAGCGCGUGCCGCUCGGCGAGCUGCUCGUCCAGCGCGGCUACCUGCGCUCGCUCGUGCUGCACCUGCAGACGCUCGACGUACCGCUGCAGGAAGUGCUGUCGCCCGACCCGACGUCGCUCAACGCGCAGUACGUGUACGAGGCGCUGCUGUCCUUCCUCUCGCGCGUCGCACAGACGCGCAGCGGCGCGCAGCAGCUCCUCGACGCGCACCUCUUCAAGGUGCUGGCGCGCGUCGACUUUGUAUCGCUGCGCCCCGACGCGAAUGCGACGCACGACGCGCUCGACGACACGGGCUUCCUCCCGGCGGUCGCCGAGCGGUACGCGGCGCUCCUCACGCCGCUCCUGCAAGUGGUGCUCGGCGUGCUGGAGCACACGCAGCCGACGCACGCCCGCGGCCCGUCGCCGUUUACCGCAAACGCCGCGCGGCAGCAGGCGCUUGCGCUGCUCCUCGCGCACCAGGACGCGGUGCUCGCCGCGCUGCGCAGUGCCGCGCACCCCCAGGCGGGCGUCGCAGACGCCGAGCAGGCCGCGCUCCUCGUGACGAUCCUCUCGUCGGUGCUGCCUGCGGCCGAAGGGCACGCGCUCGAUGCGAUGCACACGGCCGUGCUGACGCUCGCGGCGACGUACAUUGGCACGCCGCCCGCGUCGCUGCUUGCGCCCCAGACGCCGCUCGAGCGCGAGGACGCGGCGCUGUUUGCACCGACGCUCGGCGGCCUGUUGCACUACGAUGUCGAGCCGCAGACGCGCGCGAGCGUCUUUGACGCGCAGGCGAUCCGCGUGGUGCACCGCGUGGUGCGUGCGCUUGCGCAGUACCUCGAGCGCGCGAGCCAAGGCACGACGCGCGCCGCGCUCGUCCCGACGCUGCGCGCGGCGCGUGCCGACGGCGCGGCGCGUGUCGUGGCCGCGCCGACGCUCGGUGCGGCGAUCGCCGCGCUCGGCACGCAGCUCACUGCGCUGACCGGCGUGCUGCAGAGCUGGGAGCGCGUGCACGCCGUGCUCCAGUCGCCCGAAAGUGUGCGGGCGGACGAGUGGAGCGAGAUUGCGCGCGACGGACUGGGCGACGAGUCGCCCGACGCGCGCCCCGCCGCGCUGCGCGGCCUCGCGACGGUCGCGACGCAGCUGCGGGGCGACCUCGAGGCGCGGCUCGACACGGUCGAGAUGCUCCUGGUGCUCCUGGUGCGCCACCUGCGCCUCUUUUUGCAGCCGCCGCGCUCGCCGGUCGACGCGCCGCCGAGCGCCGCCGAGCCCGCGGCGCUGAAGGAGCACGCGGCGCCGCUGCUCCUUCCGAUGGUCGAAAAGAUGGAGUUGCUAACCAUGCCUACGUCGCUCGCCGAUGCACAGGAGCACGCCACCUUUUUGCAGAUGGCUGCGCGCACGCUGGCCGAGCUUUUGUUUCGCUCCUAG